AACACUGAACUUUAAGUGGUUGAUUUGCGGUUAUGAAUAGUUCAUCGAGAUAAAACGCAAACUAUUGGAAUAAAAGAUCUGUAUUUGGAGUUAGUUAACUAAAGAAUAAAAAUUAAGAAUAAUGGUGUCGCUAGGUAUAAUUUAUAAAUCAGCUUUACUUGUCAUCACUUGGCAAUGCAUGGAUUGUCAACAAGAAGAGAAACAUACAGUUGUCAAGCUGGGAGCCAAGCCAUGCAAAUUCUCGGAGGGCCAACAAGAGGAGAAACAUGCAAUUGUCAAGCGAGGAGCCAUGCCAAUACACUGUUAUCACAAGUGUCCAGGCGGUGAUGAUGAGUGUUACUUUGACAGCAAUAUCAACGACUAUCGAUGCAAGUGUCCUUGUCGGUCUCAAUACUGCGAGUACGCAGAAGAACGUUGUAACAACCGUGGCACGUGUGUUCCGAUAUCUGGAAAUACCGAUUUUACAUGCACCAAUUGCAUUUCUGGAUGGAAAGGAAAACAAUGUCAUCUCAUUGACUGCAACAGUGGAGUGUAUUGCACAAAUGGCGGCGUAUGUGUGGACGAUGUCAGCAGUGGAACGGACUAUCGCUGUAUCUGCAAGGAGGGCUGGACUGGAAAAGACUGCCAAUUCAUCGAUUGUUCCAGUCCAAUCCGUUGUAUGAACGGAGGACAGUGUCAUUUACAAAACGGUGGUAAGGAGUUCAACUGUACAUGCGCAGAUGGAUACCUGGGUGAAAAUUGUCAAAUAGACAUGUGUUCGCCUUACAAGAUUGCCGAUAUAGUUUUUGUUGUUGAUGUAUCCGAUAGUCAAGCUGGCACAAUUUUUCAGAAACAGAAGGAUUUCAUUAAAUAUUUUAUUUCGCAGUUUCCUCUUGGCCCUCUACACUUCCAGUUCAGUCUAGUUGUAUAUGCGUAUAAGCCCCAUAUUAUUUUUUACCUAAAUAAUACAUAUGACAACGACACGAUUAUAGACGCGGUCGACCAUUCUUAUAUCCCCGAUGAUAUACGUGGCGCAACUUAUACCGGAAAAGCGCUGGCUUUUGUGAGAGAAAAAGUUUUAAAUAAAUCUUACGGAUUGCGCUCUGACUUAGAUAGAUACGUUAUUAUCCUGACGGACGGCAUGUCAAGUGAAUCACAGGCCACCGUGGAUGACGCAACGUUGCUUCACUCGUCUUUUCCUAACAUUCGAAUAAUCAGCAUUGGAACCGGAGAGUUUGUGUUCCAUAGCGGACUCCUUGACGUAAGCGGUUCGCGGCUGAACGUGUUCCCCCUUCAUGGUAACGACUCAGUUAAGAGUGUCCUGAAAUCAACGAUGUAUGGAUGCGAACGAUGUAAAACAGCCUACUCCGACGUUGCAUUGGCGUUUGACGUUACAUCCUUUGAUUAUGGGGAAUUGGAAACAAUGUUGAAAACGGCAGAGGUUCUGAUUGCAAAUCUUGAAACUGAGGUUAAUAAGUCUAGGGUCAGCCUUUCAAAAUAUGUAAGCAGGGCCGAGAGAAUUUUCGAAUUUGACCAGUACAUAAAAAGCACGGAAAUGAUUCCACAAAUGUACAUACAUAUUCACAAGAGAGACACAGUCAUGGUUGGUGCUAAUUAUUCGACAAAUCCUAGUAACCUAAGUUCUGUGUUGCAUGAUAUAGCAGAUACCUUUCAGCGAAAUUAUGACCAUGCGCGGCGAAAAGCUUUAGUUCUUUUCUCGCAGAGCAAAUUUAAUGACCACGAUGAUCUUGCAGUGAAAAAGCUAAAAGACAACGAUGUGACUGUUAUUGUAGUUGGAAUAGGACUCGGUGCUGAUUUAGAUAGAAUGAUGCAAAUGUCAACCAGCUCAUUUUUCACAUUCAUUAUUGGAGAAGAUUUUAAUACACCCGUCGAUGUCAUUGUAUCACUGCUGUCGACACUCGAGUACCCCGUCUGCAUUUUAUCAUGAGACGAAACAGAACAUCUGUGGUCAAUGGAGUUGUUCUGAAGAGCAGAAUAGGAAAUUAACACUCCUUAGUGACCAUUUAACGAGUUUAUUUUUCUCAGUGUAAAAUGGUUUAAUAUGAAUGAUUUGUAUGUUUUCUAUUUAGUUUAUAUUCGUUGUUUUUUUCGCCCUUUAAAGUUAGUUUUUCAUCUAAUGUUUAUAUGAUGUGUUAUAAUUCAGCAAGUAAUUAUCAAUUACAUAUCUUACAAAUCUAUUAAAUAAUAUGUUAAUUUAAUUGGCAUAUUGCUUGUCAGACAUACGUUUGAAGGCAAUUUGAAUUUCAAGUAAAAUAAUUUUAAUACUUUAAUUUUAGCUGAGAAGUUUAAGUUAAUAGCAUAUAUCAUUUUUUAAAUUGUAUAUGGUGAAAAAACAGGUACACUAUUGAAACUAAAUCAUUAGGUUGCGUUACACAUGAGUUGCAAAGCAAAGCUUUGUACGGAUAACAGAGCUUUUUUCAGAAUAUAUUUUUCCACAAUUGUACAUUUUAAUUUCAUUUCCCAAGUGAACUGUUCUAAUUUGCGGAAAUACAUACAAAUAGGUGCUCAUUUCUUUAAUAAAACAGCACCGAGUUAUAUUAACAAUUAUUUCAUUAAACAUAAUUGCCUGAAUAUGUGUACAAACAUGUAUGUUUUAUAUGUUUUCCAAAGUAUUUUGUGCGUACAUAACUGGUUUAGAUUUUGUACACUUGAUAUCGCAAAUGUACAUAAGUCUCAUUAUUUGCCUAUCGGUAUCAUGUACAUUGCGCUCUUCAACGAUUUAAUGAACUUGACUAGAGCCAUUUCUUAGUAGAAACAGAUUUUAAAAAUGUGUUUUUCUUGUUUGGUCUUAUUGAAGUAAUAUAUUGCCUUUGAGAUGAAGAAAAUA